AUGCGAUGAGCCGGGAAUUCAUUGAUCAUGGCUAACCUACAGAUCUCGUUAGCCGUCGUGGUUGUUCAGGCGGUCCUGUACAGAACCUGUGAGGCUUUGCGGUGUAACUGCACCACUGUCCAGUGUGAGAAGACUGGCUUCCAGUGUGAGACGGAUGGAGCGUGCAUGGCCUCCACUUCCCUCAUUGACGGCCAAGAGCAGCACGUCCGUAGAUGCAUCACACGAGACAAUCUUGUGCCCCCCGGACAACCGUUCUUCUGCCUCGGUGCAGAGGGCUUGCUGAACAUCCACUGCUGCUACACGGACUACUGCAACAGCAUUGACCUCAAAGUACCUUCAGUCACGACUCAGUCAGGACUCGGGGGAGGCUACGGCCCAGGUGGAACAUGGGGGCUGGUGGAGCUGGUCGCUGUGAUCGCAGGGCCGCUGUUCUUGCUGUGUCUGCUGCUACUGAUGGGUGUGUUCCUGUAUCAGUACCACCAGAGGGCCUACAGCCACAGGCAAAGGUUAGAGGUGGAGGACCCCUCCUGUGACCACCUCUACCUGGCUAAAGACAGGACCCUGCAGGACCUCAUAUACGAUCUGUCCACGUCUGGUUCAGGCUCUGGUCUGCCUCUGUUCGUCCAGCGCACUGUGGCCAGAACAAUCGUCCUCCAAGAGAUCAUUGGUAAAGGGCGUUUUGGGGAGGUGUGGCGAGGACGUUGGAGGGGCGGUGAUGUGGCGGUGAAAAUCUUCUCCUCCAGAGAAGAGCGCUCCUGGUUCCGUGAGGCUGAAAUCUAUCAGACCAUCAUGCUUCGCCAUGAAAACAUCCUGGGCUUCAUAGCUGCUGAUAACAAAGACAACGGCACAUGGACCCAGCUGUGGUUGGUGUCGGACUACCACGAGCACGGCUCUCUGUUCGACUACCUGAACCGCUACUCUGUCACUACUGAAGGAAUGAUCAAACUGGCACUGUCCGCAGCCAGCGGCCUGGCACAUCUGCACAUGGAGAUUCUGGGAACACAAGGAAAGCCAGGCAUCGCCCACAGAGACCUGAAGUCCAAGAACAUCCUCGUGAAGAAGAACUGCACCUGUGCCAUCGCUGACCUGGGCUUGGCUGUCCGUCAUGACUCGGCCUCGGAUACCAUUGACAUUGCGCCCAAUCAGAGGGUGGGCACCAAGAGGUACAUGGCUCCAGAGGUUCUGGAUGAGACUAUCAACAUGAGACACUUUGACUCAUUCAAGUGUGCUGAUAUCUAUGCUCUGGGGCUGGUCUACUGGGAGAUCGCACGCCGCUGUAAUAGUGGAGGUAUCCAUGAAGAAUACCAGCUGCCCUACUAUGACCUGGUACCUUCUGACCCCUCCAUAGAGGAGAUGAGAAAGUUGGUGUGUGACCAAAAGCUACGACCCAACAUUCCUAAUUGGUGGCAGAGCUACGAGUCUCUGCGAGUUAUGGGCAAAAUCAUGAGGGAGUGUUGGUAUGCUAAUGGAGCUGCCCGCUUGACUGCCCUGCGCAUCAAGAAGACCCUCUCCCAGCUCAGCAUUCAAGAGGACAUUAAAGUCUGAGCUAAGUCAGCUGAGCGCUGAGAAAGAGCACUGAGCAACACCCGGCUCCAGACUGUCGGACACUGAGAGGAAGGGGCUGGGCCUUCGACAAAGAACGCACAAAGUAAGAGAAAACGAUGGAGAGUCGCACUUUGUAAAAUAUUACUCCAUAGACACUCCUGCCAGUUUUGAAGCCACUUGAUUUCUGACAAACCCUACCUCGCUUACCCAGCCAAACUACCAAGAACACCUUUCCUGUCUUGUCCUCAGCUACUGCUGCCCUUUUUGUUCCACUCUACACUCCGUACUAACAAGGAUCCUUGGAUUUCCUGUGUACUUGUAUGCAAUCGAUAGCAGGAUAUGUAAUUACCCAUUUAACAGUUUGAAAAUCAGUUGCUGAUAUUUCCUUAAAGUCUCUAUGAUCACAGUCGCUUAAUAGAAACAGCAUUUGCUCUUUUUGUCUUUGAAAAUGGGGCCAGCUUUUGGGGGUUAGGAGUGUUUUGAACUUAUUUUUUACUUAUUCUGUUAUUUAAAUGACUAGAUCUUGUUAUUGAUAUAUGGGUGUUUGUGAGGCUAUUGUGCAGGUUUCUCUGUGCCGCCUACAGCUUGAAGGCACAUCACAAACUGCUUAGAAACUCUUCAGAGACAAUAAUCCAUCUGGUUCUGCUGCAACUGUGUUUAGUUGUCUGCUGAUUAUCAUGUAAGCAUGUACAAAGCAGUUGAGGCAGUUUGUGUAAAUGCAGCCCGUUUUACAAGAUGUUGAAAGACUUCACAGUUACUGGAGCAUUUGGGCAACUUGCCAAACAUGAUUUAGCCUUUGGACCACUUGCCUGGAGCCCUUCCCAUUAAGUAUUGUAAACCUCAGGUUUUCCUUAUGCUUACCAGUCAACAUGUUUUUUUGUCUGCUUAGAGUCAUCUUAAGCAAACUACGCAUUUUGGAAUUAUUAAGCAAAAUGCAUUUUACUGAGGCUUCGUUCACAUUGCAGGGCUUAACGCUCAAUUCUAAUCAUCUAAUAAUGGGCUGUCAGAUAAAUGGGCUUUCAGUCCACUAGCUCUAUUAGCGGCUGUUGUUGGUAGUUCUGUGAAGAGAGAGGUGAGGGUGUGGCCGGGAGAGGAGUCAGCAGUGGUGAAGCCGCAAUGUGGAAGGUUUCACAGAGGAACAGUUCCUCCAAACUUCAGCAUUUCCAGGGCUACAUUCCAAUAUCUGUCGGCGUUACAAUAGUGCUGUCACGUCGGCAAGCUGUCCCCAUCAGAAAGAGUCUGGCAGUCGGGCUCUAUUGGCUGACCACUGGGGCAGCCUACCGCAGCAGCGAUAUGGCUACAGCAACCUUCUGUAGUUUUGACAAACCACACAGACACUGUGUGGUGAGUUAUCUGUAUCUUGACCACCACCAAAAAUCAUGCCUGUGUGGAAAAUCAGGUGAAUUCGCUAUGACCUUUUUUACUGUAGUUGUGUGGCCAGUGAUUGGAUAUGUAUCGUGUUUAGGACCACAUAUGAUAGUGGUCCAGAUCUGACUGGAAAAAAAUCUAAUUUCUGUGUCCACAUGACACCAAAACAAUCAGAAUUGGGCCACAUUUGCUUGUAAUGUGAACGUAGGCUAAGAUGGAGGGUUAAAUGUAGAGCCACAGCUGCCAUGGACUUGAAACUGUAUAUUGUGUCCUUGAUCUUAGCUGACACACUCGCGUGCUUUGGACUGGGACACUUCCUACAAAUCCCAUGUAUAUUUAAAUCAUAGUAUUCCAGUCUGAAAGCAGCCGCUGUCUCUCAAUCAACCCACAGACCAUAACCUGCCACAAGAGUAAAUGUUGCUCCAGCCUCUUGGAUAAGCUGAUAAACACGACAUUCAGAUAACCUUUCGUCCUUUGCAGCAGCAAUCCUGUAUACACUGUACUUAAACUACGGGGCAAAAAUGUUUCAUUUUUAAUCCCUUUUAAAUACACUAACUCCAGGAAUCUGAAUAAUAGUUUGUUUUUAUGUUUUUAUAUCGUCAAAGCAUGUUCAAUGUUCUUUUCCCCUCAGGGCGUCUUUUCCCUGGCCAAGUAUAACUACUGCACAUAAACUAGCUUUUUAAGGUGAGACUUGUGUAUAUAGGACAGUUACAUUAGAUCUUAUGUUGAGAUUUAGCUCAUGUUUUAGAUGGUCGAAUCUUUUAUAUCGACUUUUUGGUUGGUGGGAAGAAAAUUACUUUUGUCUUGCUGUUUGUAAAAAGUUUUAUGUACAAAUCUACUUUUUGACCUCUGAUGUGACAUCACUGUAUGUGUCAGACACACUGCUUAUGUUGACUAUAGACGAUAGAGUGCUGCAGGGAUGAUGUUGUUUUGUAGGUUGACCUGGAAGGUAGCAUCGCCCUGGUUCCCUCGUCAAAAAGCCAGUUGGGUUUUCCUAUUGGAUUUUGGAUUAUUACAGAAAAUAAGCUACAAGUCAAACAAGUGUGAUACCUACACGUUUUAUUCGGCAAGAUAAUCCUCACAAAUAAGCACCACUUUUAUGAUAAAUUAAAUUGGCAGAAGUAAUAAGCUAACAUAAGGCUAUAAACAAACAACAUCACGGUCGGUAACUUCAUCGUCACCACCACAACGAGGCUGUAAAGCCAUGUUCAGAGCAUGGACUGUAUAAAUAGAUGGAUGACACGUUUCCACUUCCUCCAGUUGUACAAAAAUGAAGCCAAAAUAUCCUGGGUAUGGCCACUGCCAUCUUGCACUGGUGGUCAAAUGGUGGUCAUUUGGAGCCAGAGUCUGCGCAGUAGCAAUCUGCUGUGUCGAGUUCCUGCUGAAAGAUCCGUCCAACUAAUUACAAGCAUCGCUAUUGAUCAUGAGCACACCGAUUGACACACACAGCUGUCAAUCAUGACGUCAAACCCCAUUUUUAUAGUAUCAAAUAACUCAUUAAAACCAGUCUUAUUAGAAAAAUGAAUGUCUGAGCAAACAUCAGCAUGAUAAGAACUACCUAAAAUGACAGAUGCCAUCUUUGGGAAAAAUGUAUUUGACCUGUACUUUGAUGUUUUAGUUUGGCCCAUGUUCGUCUGCUAACAUGAAGGUGCCAGGCUUUAUGAACCUGUACUGCAGCCAGCCACCAGGGGACAAUCUACAUGUUUUGGCUUCACUUCAGGGAGCUGUUAAUUCAUCCAUUGUCCAUCCAUUCCUCUGAAGCUUGUGUUAGCCACAAACUUUAUUUCAGGCUUCUAACCAAAAACCUACUCAAAAAACCCACUGACUACAAGACGAGGGAACUGGCAGUGCUAACAUGCUAACUCAUUUCCAGGUUUUAGGACUCGUUCCUGCAGCACUCUGUUUGAUUUUAAAUCAAUGUUUCCCCCCACAGCUCCUCUUGUUCAUCAUACAAUACCUCCUCAAUGUGAACACUGUAUGUGGAUUGUUUCUGUCUAGCUAACACUGUCAGAGAUCACUGUCUCCGUUUUUUAUGUUUUCAGGAAAUAGGUGCACUUUUGUCUUUAGCUGUAUGCAAAUCCAACAGGUACUGUCUGCGUGUAGUCGUUCCCAUGUUAUUUAUAUAUGUAUGCUGUGAGUCCCUAUGAAAGCCUGAAAGGCCACAUGUGCACUACUACUGACCUCACAGCAUUAAAACCAAAUUGUUCUCAGAAUCAUCUCUGGUCAUGGCCUCUGGUGUUUAUUUAGGAUCACACCACUGAAAAUGAGAAUGUUGAUACAAAUCAUGCCAACCAGUUGCAGUACACUCCGUCUGACUGGAAAGUGUAAGGAGAAUCUGACUUUUUCUUUGGGAGAAGAAACUAAAUACUACUGAAUUGUCUCAAUGCUGUCUCACAAAUGUGUUUGACCAAUACUUUUUAUGUUUAAAUCUCUUGCCCUCUGCACUGUAUUGUUAAAAUCUUACAGGAUGUUUGUAAGAACGAAUAGACUGCACUCGAUGCUGUUGUUUUUUGCUGGGAAGACUGGGGAGCUCUUCUGUUUGAUAGGUGGUUGAAUGUCAACCGUAUUUAUACACUAAAGGGGUGUGUCUGUCAAAUUGUUAUCUGCCUUACAAUGUAUAAAAUGCAUAAUGUAUUUAAGGUUUUAAAACCUUUCUCCAAGUAUCCCCAUGGAAGAAUAGGAGGGUGUGAAUCAAAGUAUAUUUCUGCUGGUUGUGACAACUCCCAGAUCUCUGUCCAAUCAUGGCAAAGAGACAACUGCAUCCAUGUACAAACCCCUUCAGGACUUCAAUCAUGUACCUUCUAAUAGAAAGUAAUAAAUGCAUUUGUUUCUCUU